GACCCUACAGCUACAGACAGUUACAAAAAAAAGACACAGCCUUUCCUAUUCCGCCCUAACCCUACGUCCGCUUGUAAAACUCAGAAUAUUUAGUGCGAUGCGAGAUUUACAAUGCUGGAGUCAUUGUUAAGUAUGGUAUCAAAUAGAUCCGCUUCACUUUUGUAAGUAAGAACUAAGUAUGUCCUUUGUGUCGCAAAUUGAACUAAAGAAGAGGAAUGUGGUCGAUAGCCGGUUUCUGGCAGUAUGUCGGAAUGAAGGUCAUCAGUGAAAACACUUUGUUGCCAUUUGUCAGACACUUUAGCUAAAACUAUACUCAAAAGCAGCAUCGGUGGAGGCAUUUAGGUCUUUCUUCUAUCUGUAUCUUCUCAGACGUGAUUAAAUACACCCGUCAAAUACUUUUGUGGUGUUGUAUAUAGUACAUUGGCAUUCAUUACUCAUGCAAUAUAAGGACCGAUGCACUUAUUAUAACUUAAUAUUAUUUUGGCAUUUAGUUUUAAAUAACCUGUGUUUUUACGUCUGGGAAUCGAUUUCAAUGAAAUAUUAGAUUAGCCUGCCUUGGGCAGAAGAUUAUGCCGCUUGCGUAGCUGACUGUUCUUCCGGAAGCGUGAUUUCCAUGGAGGAAUGUCGAUGGACUGCAUUCGUUUGUUGUGCAAGAGACUGCUGUUAAUGCAAAUUAAUAUGCUUCACGUUUACAAAGCCGUAUUGCUUUUGCGCAAUCGGUAUAAUGGCACGUUAUGAAAUUCAUGGUUUAGAGAAGAUUCCGGAUAAGGGACCAGCUCUAAUAGUUUACUAUCAUGGAGCCAUUCCUAUAGAUUAUUAUUACUUCCUGGCCAAUGUCAUAAUUCACAAAGGAAGGACAUGUCACUCGGUUGCUGAUCACUUCCUGUUUAAAAUCCCAGGGUUCAAACUGCUCCUGGAGGUCUUCAGUGUGAUGCAUGGCCCCCAGGGCGAAUGCGUCCGGGCUCUGCAAGAAGGUCACCUCGUCGGCCUUGCCCCCGGCGGCCUGCGGGAGGCGCUGUUUAGCAAUGAGAUGUAUCCGCUGCUGUGGGGCGAGAGGCGAGGGUUUGCUCAGGUGGCCAUCGAUGCCCAGGCGCCUGUUAUUCCAAUGUUUACGCAAAAUGUCAGAGAAGGAUUCCGAUACCUAGGAACUGGGAAACUGUCCCGCUGGGUGUACGAGCGAUUCCGGCUGCCCCUGGGCGUGAUAUACGGAGGUUUUCCUGUGAAGUUCCGUACAUACUUGGGUGACCCCAUUCCCUACGACCCCAACAUGACCGCAGCCGAGCUGGCUAAGAAGGUGCAGCGGGCUGUUCAGUCCCUCAUAGACCAGCACCAGAAGAUACCUGGGAAUGUGCUGCGUGCUCUACUGGAACGGUUUCACAGAAGACCCAAAAAUGAAUAGCGUCCAUUUUGGUCUAGUGUGUUUUUAAGUGUAUAUAUUUUUGUAACAUCUGUCUUUGGUAAUAAGCGGGUUAACAGAUGGUUUUAUCCCUCAAUCACCUUUUUUUUUUUUAUUGCUCUUUUUCCUUUUUACGGAAGAUCACCGGGAUACUUGUACUUGGGACCUUGCGGCGUGUUACCGACCGAUCUCUGCCAUCUCCGCAGCUGGUACAGCGGCGUGCCUUAUCCAGCCUCCAGCUGCCUUCGCCUUAGGCUCACUGGGCACGUGCAGGCCAUGCUGGUUUUAAAGUUUGUCUAUGGCGAUUCACAGCCAGGAUGCUGGGGGUCAGUGUCACCUGCAGGGGGCUGAGUGGAGAGUGAGGGUCUCUCUCAUCUGUGCUGGAAGGUACGUGCCUCUGCGUCACAGGCCUCAGUCGUGGCCCAUUGGUGCAGCAGUAGGACUGUCCCAAACCCCUUCCUCAAACAGGCCCUUCUCAGGCUCCCUCCCUCGUCUGCCGGCCCCCCCCACAAACCACAGCACCCCGUACCAGCAGCUUUAAGAACCAGGGUGGCGAGUAAAUUGUGGUCCUUCCAAAAUCCCUCAGAUGAGCAAAACUGGGCUCUGAGCAUCACUGUGGAACAAAUUGAGCAGCUGCUAGUACUAAUAAUUAAUAAAAUAAUAUUUUGUAAAAAAAAGAAAAAAAAAAAGUGUGUUUUCCCUUUAAGGGCAACAACGCAAUACAACAAAGCCUUCAAACAUGACCACUGGUAGACGCAGUCCGGAGGCAACAUGUUUUAAUCACAUUACUGGAAGAAGGUGCACGUUUAUUAGAGAAACGUGCUGUUUUCUUCACGUUCCAGGCCUGUCCUUCACCAGGUGCGCACGGGCUGUGCAGGGAAGAGCCAGCACUGGUUUGUUGCAUUCGUGAUUUGUGUAGAAGGCGAAAGCACUUUUCGUGCCGUAAUAGUGCGCUUUCCCAUCGGUACAGUGAUGGAAACACUGGGUUUUCAGAGCCACUACAAGGCUGCACUGUGAAUAUUUCAAUCAUGAUAAUUAAAUGUUAUAAUUAGUGCAGUUAACUACAACCAGCACAAGAGGGGAAAAAAGACAUUUGAGUAUUUAUUGUAAAGACUGAAAUUUAGAUGGAAUGUCAGUGUUGGCUGCGGCAUGUUUUAUUUUCAUUUUCUGAAUCCGUGUUUUGAUACAGAUUUUUUUUUCGAACCGGCUUUAAUGCAUUUUUAAAUGUUGCAGAUUGAACUGAUGUUUGUACAUUCAUGACCACCUUAGACCAAAUCCGCUACAGGUCUGUAACUUUUGUGAGAAGUAAAAUCGUUUAUAAAGCCAAUAUUUCAUCUUUA